AUGUUUAAAAUAGUAUUCAAUUAAUAACUUAAGUAUAUAUUUAUUUAUUAAUUUAUUUAUUUAUUAUAAAGUAAAAUAUUGUUAGAUAUAUAUGACUAGUUUUAUUUUUUAGUAUUUAUCAAAAUUACUCCACCUCUGGCUUUGCUGACGAGAGCAUUCUUAUAUUUCAACCAUAUUUUAAUAUUUACAAGAAAUCUAUUUAUUUAGGCUUAAAUUUGUCUGCUUUUAAUCAGAUAUCGCUAACUUAUUUAAUAAGGUUUAAAUUCUUUUGCUAUUUGUUUACUAGUAUGGUUUAUAUCAGUACUAUUUUUAAAUAUUAGAAAUCUUAGUAAUAAUAAUGCAGAAUUAGAUCAAUUAUUUAUUAAUGCAGAUUUUUCAUGGUUAGGACUGUUAAAAUGCAUUUUCUAUGUUCGUCUUUAUUAGAAAAUAUUAUUAUUAGAAAGGAGAUUAUGGUAGUUCACUAUGAAAGUUUGCUAAGAAAUCUUAAUGAAAAAGAAAAGAAUGAGUGCCUUAGUGAUAAAUUUUAUUAAUCAUAAAUUUUGCAAAUUUAAGAUUUGGAAGAGAAAUAGUGAGUAUUAUUUAAUGUUCCAUCAUCUAUCUUCCUUGAGGCUAAUUUGA